GGAGGAGAAGGAGGAGGAGGAGGAGGAGGAAAGGAGGAACAUCAUAUAACGCCGCAUCUCCGCCUUCCCGCUCCCAGUUCAGCGCAGUGCAGUGGUGUAGCAGGUUCCGCUUUCUUUCUCGUCUCAGAAACCGCAAGCUAAGGGGUACAACACGAGCAGGGAUGGGUCACGUGAAUGUGGCAGUGGUGGCGGUGACGGCGAUAGCGACGUUGAUGGGCUGCCAGGCUCAGCAGGGCAGAAGCUGCGUGGACGGGAACGGCCAGGCGGGGACCUGCAUCAGCAUCCGCUCAUGCCAGCCACUGCGACAGCUCCUGCAGGCCUUGAGAACCAACACGGCACCCCCCAACGGCUUCCAGAUUCUGCGUGGGUCAAUUUGCAACUUACGGAGCAACAGCGAGCCACUGGUGUGUUGUCCCAGCGAUUUGAGGACAGGUGGUGAUGAUGGUGCUGGUGGUGGGUCUGACCUGUUGCCCAAGCAGUGUGGAGUGACGGGCCUGGUGGAUCGCAUCAUUGAUGGGGAAAACGCUCCGCUGCUCGCUUGGCCCUGGAUGGCGCUGCUCAGAGGAAGAGCUAGGGGACAGCCCAGCAAGUGGUUUUGUGGUGGCGUGCUCAUCCACCCUCGUUACGUGCUCACCGCGGCUCACUGCUUCAAGGCGAUCUUCCAAAUUGAACUGGAGUUCGUAAGACUUGGCGAGCACACGCUGAACACUGCGGUGGACUGUGAGAAAGGCCUGUGUGCUCCACCUCCCCAGAAUAUCCCAGUGGAACAGAUAAUCACGCAUCCUGAGUAUGAAUCCCCCUGCAAGGAGUGCAAUGACAUCGCGCUGCUCAGGCUGUCCCGUCCCGCCCAGCUGAAUCCUCUUCAUGUGGUGCCAAUUUGCCUUCCUGUUGACCCACUCAAGGACAUGGGCUUCUCUGAGGAAGAGUUCCAAGGGAAGUUUGCUUAUGCUGCUGGUUGGGGCUCUACUUCCAUGAAUCCCUUAAGACCUACCCAGCCAAAUGUACUGCAGCAGGUCCUCCUCCCCAUUAAUGAUGGGGAAUUUUGUAAUGCUGAGCUAAGAAAGGGUUAUCCGAAUCCUCGAUCAACACUGUGUGCUGGCGGGGAGGGCAAGGACACCUGCAAGGGAGAUUCAGGCGGACCACUUAUACUGAGUAAUAGAUUUGAAACCAAAAGAUUCGUGGUGGGUAUCACAAGCGUGGGACCAGCAGUGUGUGGCAGGCAGAGCACCCAGGGCCUUUACACCAAUGUUCACUUCUACGUACCGUGGAUCCUCGAAACCCUGCGGCCUUAGGAGACCCCGCUGCUUUGUGGAGGAUCGCAAAGGGACUGAAGAGACUCAUUUUGAACCUUUAAGGUACUGGAGGAUAGGUAGUGCCAGAGUCUUCAAAGAUUAAAAAUCAAUGAAACUCUAGGAGUUAUCUUUUAUUUAUGUGCAUUUCAUGCGAAUGUAUCAGUAAAAUGAGACUUUAGGGUCCUUUCCAUCAUUAGGCGCAGUCACACAAAAUUACAAAAAUUUGAGUACUGCCACAUAUCUUACACAUAGGCGGUCAUAUUUCCUACACAAAAACAAGUAUCAGGAACAUUAUCUACACAAAAACUGAUUCCAGCGUAUGUCCUACACCAAACAGUGCAUCCCGUGUAACUCCAAUGGUUAUACUGCCAAAUCUCCUACAAUAUUGCCAUAGGAUCAUUGGUAAAACACUGGGGAAUAAUGUAGGAAAUACUUUAUUUAUCCUUAGAAAAUAUGUAUGUAAAAUAAACUGUAAAACAAUCUGAA